AUGGCGAGUAAUAUGCGUGGUUUGACCGUGUUUAUCGCGGAUAUAAGAAACUGCAGAGUAAGAGAGUUGGAGGAAAAACGAAUUAAUAAAGAAAUGGCAAAUAUUCGAGCGAAAUUUAAAGACGGGAAUCUUAAUGGUUAUCAAAAGAAAAAAUACGUAUGCAAGCUUUUGUAUAUGUAUAUCCUUGGUUGGGAUAUUGAUUUUGGUCAUAUGGAAGCUGUAAAUCUUAUUUCAAGCAAUAAAUAUAGUGAGAAACAAAUCGGAUAUCUUGGUGUAACCCUUUUAAUGCAUGAAAAUAGUGAUUUGACACGUCUAGUUAUCAAUUCAAUAAAAAAAGAUCUCGAGGAACUUAACGAAAUAUAUAAUUGUCUAGCCUUGCACGCUAUUGCUAAUAUUGGUGGUAGAGAAAUGGCUGAAUCACUUUCAUUUGAUGUGCAUAGACUUUUAAUAUCACCUAAUUCAAAAAGUUUUGUCAAAAAGAAGGCUGCUUUGACAUUAUUACGGUUAUAUAGGAAACAUCCUGAUGUAAUUCCUGCAUCGGAUUGGGCGGAGAGAAUAAUUGUGUUGAUGGAUGAUACAGAUCUGGGAGUUACAUUAUGUGUGACUAGUUUGAUAAUGGCUUUAGCACAAGAUAAUUUAGAAUCGUAUUUAGGUUGUUAUACCAAAACGGUUGAUCGAUUAGCAAAGAUAAUUGUUGAGAGAGAUUUUCCUCUUGAAUAUGUAUAUUAUAAAGUCCCCAUACCUUGGUUACAAGUCAAGCUACUACGAUUAUUACAAUAUUAUCCAGCUUCCGAUGAUCGUAAGGUUCGAAACAAAUUGCAUGAUGUAUUACAAACAAUCCUUAAUAACUCGCAAGAUGCUCCUAAAAAUGUGCAGCACAAUAACGCACAAAAUUCCGUAUUAUUUGAAGCUAUCAAUCUUGCUAUUCAUUUAGAUUGUGAAUCACAAAUUGUUAAUCAAGCCGCUUUACUUUUGGGACGUUUUAUAACUUCGAAAGAAACAAAUGUACGAUAUUUGGGAUUAGAAACUAUGUCUCAUUUAGCAGCUUGUGUUGAUUCAUUGGAACCAAUCAAAAAACAUCAGGACACUAUAUUAUUAUCCUUGAGGGACAAGGAUAUUAGUGUUCGUCGUAGAGGAUUGGAUCUCUUAUACAGUAUGUGUGAUGUCAAAAAUGCAAAAGUGAUAGUGACUGAAUUGCUUCGAUAUCUAAAUAUUGCAGAUUAUGCUCUUCGGGAGGAAAUGGUGUUGAAAAUUGCAAUUCUAACAGAGAGAUUUGCUACAGAAAACCAGUGGUAUGUGGACAUUAUCUUACAGCUCAUUAGUUCUGCUGGAGAUCAUGUAGGCGAAGAAGUUUGGUAUCGUGUUGUACAGAUCGUUGUAAAUAAUGAAGAACUUCAGGAGUAUGCAGCAAGAACGGUUCUUAUUCAUUUAAGAUCACCUUCUUGUCAUGAAAAUCUUGUUAAAGUAGGUGGUUAUAUUUUAGGUGAAUUUGGAAUUCUUAUCGAAAAUAUACCAGGUGCUGGUCCUAUGGAACAAUUUACCACUCUUCAAUCAAAGUUUGGAAUGUGUUCCCUUCAGACGAGAGCUUUACUUUUGACCACAUAUUUAAAAUUCAUUAAUCUUUUCCCAGAUAUAAAAGGAGAGAUUUUAUCUGUAUUCAAUCAUUAUCGUCAUGUUUUAGAUGUAGAACUUCAACAACGUGCUGCAGAAUAUAUGAGUAUAGCAACUAUGUCAACAGAUGAUCUUUUACAGACAGUAUGUGAAGAGAUGCCACCAUUUCCUGAACGCGAAUCAGCUCUUUUGUCACGUUUACAUCAAAAACAUUCAGAUACAGAGGAUAAACGUACAUGGAUUAUCGGAGGCAAAGAGAUUAAUAAAGAUAGGGAAAAUGCUCGAUUUUCUACAUUAGGAUCUAGAACUAAUUCAACUGAUAGUAAAUUAAAGAAUGAAAUCGUGAGUAAUGGCCAUAAUAAUAAUAGUAAUAUAGAAUUCGAUCUCUUACAUGAACUAGAAGGAUUAGAUCUAAGUGGACAAAAUGGACUUGCAACAACAUCUAAGUCAUUAUUUACAGGUUCUAUAGCAUCUGGAUCAGAAAUAUGGUUCGGUAAACUUUUAUAUAACAUGGAAGGUGUAAUGUUUGAAGACGCUCAGCUUCAAGUUGGCAUGAAGUCAGAAUACCAUGGCCAUCUUGGUCGACUUGCUCUUUAUUUUAAAAACAAAACGCAGACGACCAUCACAUCAUUUACUACAGCAUUAGAACACGUUAAAAAUAUCGUAAUUACUACACCACAACAACCAGCAACUCUCAUACAACCAUCUGGUCAAAUUCAACAACUUUUUCAUUUAGAAUGUCAAAAUUUUUUUAAAGAUACACCUAAUGUUCGAAUAUCAUUUAUAUCUGGAACUCUUCAUACAUUUGUACUUAAAUUGCCAAUUGUAUUAACAAAAUUUAUGGAACCUAUUGAACUUAAUGGACAAGAAUUUUUUACAAGAUGGAAACAAAUUGGUGGGGGACCAAGAGAGAAACAAACUAUUUUACAAUCAAAGGUCCCAAUAAAUCUUCAAGGGUUACGUAUUAUGAUUUCAGGAUUUCGUUAUGGAGUUUUAGAGGGUGUAGAUCCAAAUCCUGAUAAUGUAGUUGGAGCUAGUGUUUUACAUACCGCACAAGGGGGAAUGACUGGUUGUUUGAUGCGAUUAGAACCAAAUGUCGAUGCACAAAUGUAUCGAUUAACUGUUCGUACUACAAGUGAAUCAGUUACUAAUGAAAUUUGUACUCUGAUGGAGCCACGAUUAAUUAAUGAUUUACUGUAG